UCAAACUCUUAAGCAACUCUUAAGCAUAAAACGUCAAACAAAUGGCAGGUGGUCACAACUGAUUGUGGGCCCACUCAUAACCUAUCCCAAUAUUGAAACACUAGCCACGUGGCACUUCUUAACCGCUAUAAAACUUUAAAACAGAAUACCAAAAUCCAAACAGCACGACACUAUUGUUACAAACAGACAAGAAAAUAACCGGUGCCAAACAGUCAGUAUGGUCGGAAAUAACUCCAGUAAUACCGCAGGCAAGCCUAUCCGUUGCAAAGCUGCGAUUGUUCGGAAACCAGGGGAGCCGCUGGUGAUUGAGGAAGUGAUAGUUGCCCCGCCAAAACGUCGCGAAGUUCGAAUUAAAAUAAUCUGUACUUCCCUUUGUCAUAGUGAUCUUAGCUUUUGGAAAUUGACGGAUCCUCCUGCUAUUUACCCCAGAAUACUUGGUCAUGAAGCAGUGGGGAUUGUAGAGAGUGUUGGAGAAGGUGUACAUGAAGUUGUUAAAGGAGACACUGUGAUCCCAAUCUUUUUGGCGGAUUGCGGUGAAUGCACUGAUUGUUUGUCCGAAAAAAGCAACCUAUGCACAAAGUUUCCUUUCAGUCUUUCUCCUUGGAUGGAAAGAGAAGAGACAAGCAGGUUCACAGACAUUAAUGGAGAAACUUUAUACCACUUCUUGAGUGUAUCGAGUUUUAGUGAGUACACGGUGGUUGACAUUGCACAUUUAACUAAAAUCGAUCCAGCAAUCCCACCUAACAGAGCUUGCCUCUUAAGUUGUGGAGUAUCAACUGGGUUGGGUGCUGCUUGGAAAACAGCCAAGGUGGAAGCUGGAACAACCGUUGCUAUAUUUGGACUCGGUGCCAUUGGCUUAGCGGUAGCCGAAGGAGCAAGGCUGUGUGGAGCUAAGAGGAUCAUAGGUGUAGAUGUGAACCAGGAAAAGUGUGAAAUAGGAAAGAAAUUUGGAGUGACUGAUUUUGUGAACCCUGGUAAUUGUGGGGACAAAACUGUGAGCCAGAUAAUAAUGGAGAUGACUGGAGGUGGUGCAGACUAUUGCUUUGAGUGUGUUGGUAUGAAGUCACUUGUGCACGAAGCUUAUGCUUCUUGUAGAAAGGGAUGGGGAAAAGUAGUCGUGUUGGGAGUUGACCACCCACAAUCGAUGUUGACUUUUAAUUCUUUUGAGGUUCUUCAUAGCGGGAAAUCAAUCAUGGGAUCCUUUUUUGGAGGUCUUAAACCAAAAUCCGACAUUCGUGUCCUUGAAAAACGCUAUAUGGAUAAGGAAAUACGUUUGGAUGAAUUUGUGACACAUGAAGUUGACUUCAAAGACAUCAACAAGGCGUUUGACUUGAUGACUGAAGGGAAGAGUUUAAGGUGUGUGAUCUGGAUGAACAAAUGAUUAAACUUCAAUUUAACUUUCAUGAGUUGUUGUUACUGUUUGCAUCACUUGUAAAUGUAAAUAAAGAUGACAAGUUUGUUAAGUUCAUGAUUAAAAUCUUUAUAAUAAAUAAUACAUGUGUUGUCUGCAA